CUUGAUUCAAAUGUUAGGUCAGGAGGAAGAAGGAAAACUAAUUCAAGAGCUGCACUUAAGCAUCUAGAAUUUUCUGUGUUACCUCUUGAGAGAAGAGACUGGCUCCAGGAGUGAGACUGACUCAGUUCACUACACGCUAGAGUCUCUUCUUAAAGUGCCAACAUUACUUGAGUUUUUGGAUAAAAUUGAGAAGAGUCUAAAAGUGUUGUGGACUUUACAGGAGGCGGGAGGCUGACAACUGGCAACAGAGACAAAGAUGUCAGGCCUGAGGCCCAGCACUCUAGUGGACCCUGAGAUUGAGCUAUUUGUGAAGGCUGGAAGUGAUGGAGAGAGUAUUGGAAACUGUCCCUUUUGCCAACGCCUUUUCAUGAUCCUCUGGCUUAAAGGAGUUAAAUUCAAUGUGACAACUGUUGACAUGACCAGAAAGCCUGAAGAGCUGAAGGACUUAGCCCCAGGUACCAAUCCUCCCUUCCUGGUGUAUAACAAGGAGUUGAAAACAGACUUCAUUAAAAUUGAGGAGUUUCUAGAGCAGACCCUGGCUCCUCCAAGGUAUCCUCACCUGAGUCCCAAGUACAAGGAGUCUUUUGAUGUGGGCUGUAACCUCUUUGCCAAGUUCUCUGCAUACAUUAAGAAUACACAAAAGGAGGCAAAUAAAAAUUUUGAAAAAUCUCUGCUCAAAGAAUUCAAGCGUCUGGAUGACUACUUAAACACCCCACUUCUGGAUGAAAUUGAUCCAGACAGUGCUGAGGAACCCACAGUUUCCAGAAGACUGUUUUUGGAUGGGAAUCAGCUAACACUGGCUGAUUGUAGCUUGUUACCCAAGCUGAACAUUAUUAAAGUUGCUGCCAAGAAAUAUCGUGACUUUGACAUUCCAGCAGAAUUCUCAGGUGUCUGGCGUUAUCUCCACAAUGCCUAUGCCCGUGAAGAAUUUACCCACACAUGUCCUGAAGACAAAGAAAUUGAAAAUACUUAUGCAAAUGUGGCUAAACAGAAGAGUUAGGAUAGCUCUUACAGGAGAAAAGGCUAUGUUUGUAAUCAGAUUUUACAUAUUGACACAUUAGAAAGGGUUUGCCAAUAAGAAUAUAAAAAAUACUGCUUCUUCUAUCCAACUCUCUUAUGAAAAGAAACUCUAUUUUCUGUUAGCCAUAAACAAUCUGUCCACUGUGUAUUUUACAGUUCUUCAUACUUUUACCUAAUUUUCUUUAUCCAUAUGACAAGCCACUGCAAUCCUGAAUGACAUGGAAAGCAUC